AUGGCGGACGAGAACGUUCUUAACGAUAUCUCCCAUCGGAGAUACAACCCUCUACGCGGGUCUUACAUUCUAGUCUCUCCGCACCGAACUAAGCGGCCCUGGCAAGGACAACAAGAAAGCCCUUCCAAAACCACACUGCCAUCCUAUGAUCCUGCCUGUUAUCUAUGCCCUGGAAACCAGCGUGCGCAGGGUGACGUCAACCCCAAGUAUGACAGCACUUUUGUUUUUGUCAAUGACUACAGCGCUGUAAAGGAGGAGCAAGCAGCCUAUGAUCCCAGCAACCAGGAUGAUCUCGAGUCCAAAUUUCUCCAGGCUGAGCCUGUGACUGGCAAAUGCUACGUCCUCACUUUCUCGGCCUCACACAAUCUGACCCUGGCUGAUCUCUCUCCCAUCGAGAUUGUGCCUGUCAUAAAUGCCUGGACUGAAAUUUACACUGCUCACCUCGCGCCUACUUCCCCGCUUGCCCAGGUUUCUCCACCCACGACCAUCCAGCCCGUCUCACACAACACCCCCAUCACCAAGCCUAAGGAACAGUACCGCUACAUGCAAAUCUUUGAGAACAAGGGUGCAGCUAUGGGUUGCUCAAACCCCCAUCCCCACGGCCAAGUGUGGACCACCAGCAAUCUACCCGAGGAGCCUGCCGCAGAGAUGGAGCAAUUACGCAAGUACCGCAAGGAAAAUAAUGGUUCGCAUUUGCUGGAGGAAUAUGCUGCGCUCGAGAGCCGCAAGCAAGAACGUGUCGUCUUUGAGAACGAGGGAUUCGUGGUUGUCUGCCCCUGGUGGGCUACCUGGCCUUUUGAGACUAUGAUUAUCAGCCGCACGCACAAGCGUGCAUUGGUUGACCUGAGUGAGGCUGAUAAGACUCUUCUCGCUGAGGCUAUUGCGGAGACUACUCGCCGGUAUGAUAACCUGUUCGAGACUCAUUUCCCUUAUAGCAUGGGUAUUCACCAAGCUCCGCUUGAUGGUACUGCUGAGGAAAUUGAGGCUUCUUACCUGCAUUUGCACUUCUACCCUCCGCUGCUGCGCAGUGCAACUGUUCGGAAGUUCUUGGUUGGCUUUGAGCUUCUGGCUGAGCCUCAGCGUGAUAUCACGCCCGAGCAGGCUGCUGCCCGGCUACGCGACUGUGGCGGCGAGCUGUAUCGGAGGAAGUUGGAUUGA